GCACACUUUGAUUAUCAGCGGAUCCUCUGUGGUCUGGGGGUUGGCACCAGUCAAGUGCUGAAGCGGGCUUUCGAAUCCAGGCCGAUUGAAUUGCAGACCCAAAAUGAAUUAAAGAGCAGUAAUGCAUAGGUGCGACGCAGGCUUUAGAAGAUGGACGACGUGUCUUUUGCGUUUUGAUGGACGACAUGUUUCGUCUUCUUAUCCCCGCAACUGUCUUUUUAUUUCUUUUCUUUUUUCGUUCUUUCUCCCCUCUCUAGUCACAACUCACACCAGAGAAGCAGAGAAGAAUAGAAUGGGAAGUGCAGCAGCCCAAAUCCCGACGAGCUUUGGACAUGAGCUCAGAGCUUGUCUUCGUUGCCGCCUUGUCAAAACUUACGACCAGUUCAGAGAGUCGGGAUGCGAGAAUUGUCCCUUUUUUAAGAUGGACGAAGAUCAUGAGCGUGUCGUUGAUUGCACAACUCCUAACUUUACCGGGAUAAUUUCUGUUAUGGAUCCGAGUAGAAGCUGGGCUGCUCGCUGGUUGAGAAUUGAUUUGUACCUGGUUGUUAUACACUUGCUGUUUCAGAGGCACUUCCAGAGGACUUACAGAAUUUAUGUGAAGAUGAGCGUGUGCCCUACAUUCCACCAAAACGUGUAUAAAAAAAUGACCAACUGAAGUUAACCUGCUUAUCACACUGUAAUAUCUCAGACAAAGAACUUUUUGUGUUAGUUCUUAGAUCCAUAAGACUUCUUGCACAAGUGUUACACUGCUUUCUUAGUUGCUAAUAGUCUCAUUGUUUUUUCACUGA